AGUUUACAAUUCUGCUAUUUCUUUCUGAAUUCAUGUUCUUCUUCCUCUUCUUCAUUUGACUUGCUGUAUCUGUAUGUAUGCAUAGAUCAUGGGGUAAAUAACUAAUUAAUUAGGUUUGUUUAGUUUGCGUGUCAAAGAUGUACUUCUUCUUCUUCAAUUCUGAAUUCUGAUCUCUAAUAUUAAUUAUCCGAGCCUGGUCCCGAAAUAACACCAGGACUUGAAUAAGAAUGAGAGCGAUGCUUCCAGAUCCUUUAAAUCUUUUCACCUACACCUCUUCUUUCUUCAUAAAAAUCCUCAUUUCCUUACGCGAUUUGAUAUCCCAAGCUCUGACUUGCUGGUGCUCUUGUUCCUCUCUGGUCGUCUGCUCUCCGAUUUUGUUGGUUUGUGUGACCGAAGAGAAAAAGAGAAAUGGAGGAAGUAAGGUAUUGGUGUCACGCGUGUUCUCAAAUGGUGGAUCCCAUCAUGGAAGUAGAAAUGAAAUGCCCAAUUUGCCAAAGCGGAUUUAUUGAAGAAAUGAAUAGCAACACGAGGGACAAUCAUGAAGCUGACUCUGAUUUUGGAUCAGAUCGAGCCCUCUCCCUCUGGGCACCAAUCUUGCUGGGAAUGAUGAACAAUCCCCAUCGACGCCGAAGAUUAAGACGACUAGACUUUGAUGAGGAUGAGGAUGAUGAUAAUGAUGAUGGCGAGGCCCGCCAUGGCGGAGACACUGAAUUGGACAGGGAACUUGAAUCAAUCAUCCGAAGGAGGAGGAGAAACUCGGCUACUAUUCUACAGCUGCUUCAAGGCAUUCGGGCUGGCUCGGCAUCUGAGUCUGAGAAUUCUGAGAGUGAUAGGGAUAGGGAUAGGGAUAGAGAGAGAGAAAGGGAAAGGGAAAGGGAACGAGUAAUUCUGAUCAAUCCUUUCAGUCAAACCAUCAUUGUUCAGGGUUCUUACGAUUCGAAUCAUGGCCAAAACAACAAUCACACCCCUAUGGGUUCAUUAGGCGAUUAUUUUAUUGGGCCUGGUUUAGAUUUAUUGCUGCAACAUUUGGCAGAGAAUGAUCCUAACAGAUAUGGGACUCCGCCAGCGCAAAAGGAGGCAGUGGAAGCUCUGCCCACUGUGACAAUCAAGGAGAAUCUGCAGUGUUCAGUGUGCUUGGAUGAUUUUGAGGCUGGUGUAGAAGCAAAAGAGAUGCCAUGUAAGCAUAAAUUUCAUAGCGGGUGUAUUCUGCCAUGGCUGGAGCUUCAUAGUUCCUGUCCAGUAUGCAGGUUUCAGUUGCCUGCUGAUGAAUCCAAACGCGAUUCUGAUAAUUCUCGGAACAGCAGUGACCAAAGGGAGAGUGAAAACAUAGGUGGUGAUGGUGGUGGGGUGGAGGGAGAUGGGGAUGGGAGAAACGGAAGCGGAAGAAGGUUUUCAAUUCCAUGGCCUUUCAAUGGUCUGUUUUCUAACUCAGGAUCUCAAUCUAGUGGCAGUGGGGGUAAUUCUUCCUCAGCAGCAAAUGCAACUGGAAGUGGAAGCGCUUCUCAAACAGAUGAGAAUUGAGUAUAUUUUCCAUUAGUUGAGUUGAGUGGCUAUAUCAAGUUCUUGUCCAUUAUGUUGCUUCAAUGGUCUGCUUGUGUACAUAGUAUCUUACUUGAAUGUGAAUCUGGGAAGUUCAAAUUGUGCGUUUAUGUGUUUAAAAAGAGGGGUGGUCUUUUGUUUUGUAGAUGUUUUGGCCUCCUACACACCUAUAAGAACUUCUACUGUUGCUAUAUUUACUUGCUCUUGCUCAUGUAUUGCUUUCCUCUAGCACGCUAGCUGCUUAAUUUGAAAGUUUCAGCAUCCUUGGACUUUUGGCUUGUUUGAAUUGACAAAUGAAUUGAUGAUUA